GGCGAGGAGGGAGGUGGAUUGAGAAAGCCCUGUUCCCACAAAGCCGCCGCGCGCCGGUCCCCUCGGCCCGGGCCGCCGCCGAGCGCGGGGAGCCGCCGCGGGCCCUUUAAGGGCCGAGAGGUGCGCGGUCUCUUUAAGGCAGGUCCUGGUGGUUUCUGUUUUCUGAAGGAAGUGACGGGGGGUGGGAUUGAAUGAAAAGUGCAAAACAGAGUCUCGCAGCGCCGGAGUCGGGGGCCGCGGGAGCCGCGGCGUUGGGCCGGGGUCGGGGGAGCGGACGGGCCCAGGGAGCGCGGUGUCCGCCUCGGAGCCGCCGGGGGUCGCACGGCGGAGGGCAGCCCACGGGCGUGGGCGCCACGUCGCGGGCGCCCCGCGGCUGAGACCCCCGGGGAGCCGCGCCCGCGCGCCCCGAACUAGCCUCCAAGUUUGAGCGAAGUUUGGCCGCUGCGCUCCCCGCCCGCCCGCGGCGCGCGGGCACCGCGAAAGCGGCAGCGGUCUUCGGGGAUGCGCCCGCCCGGCCGCCGCGGGGUCCCCUCGGCGCCCCUCGCCCUGCUGCUGCUGCUGCUGCCGCUGCUCGUGCCGCCGCUGGGGGUGCCGCGCGGCGUGGGCGCGGGGACCGGGGCGGGCGCGCCUGCUGAGCUGCGGGUCCGCGUGCGGCUGCCCGAUGGCCAGGUGACCGAGGAGAGCCUGCAGGCGGACAGCGACGCCGACAGCAUCAGCCUGGAGCUGCGCAAGCCCGACGGCACCCUGGUCUCCUUCACCGCCGACUUCAAGAAGGAUGUGAAGAUCUUCCGGGCUCUGAUCCUGGGGGAGCUGGAGAAGGGGCAGAGUCAGUUCCAGGCCCUCUGCUUUGUCACCCGGCUGCACCACAAUGAGAUCAUUCCCAGUGAGGCCAUGGCCAAGCUCCGACAGAAAAAUCCACGGGCGGUGCGGCAGGCUGAGGAGGUGCGGGGUCUGGAGCAUCUGCACAUGGAUGUCGCCGUCAACUUCAGCCAGGGGGGCCUGCUGAGCCCCCAUCUCCGCAAUGUGUGUGCCGAGGCUGCAGAUGCCAUCUACACCCGCCAGGAGGACGUCCGGUUCUGGCUGGAGCAAGGUGUGGACAGCUCCGUGUUCGAGGCGCUGCCCAAGGCCUCAGAGCAGAUGUGGCUGCCUCGCUGCGGGCAGGCGGGGGACCGCGGGAAGCCCUGCGUGUGCCGCUACGGCCUGAGCCUGGCCUGGUACCCCUGCACGCUCAAGUACUGCCACAGCCGCGACCGCCCGGCGCCCUACAAGUGCGGCAUCCGCAGCUGCCAGAAGAGCUACAGCUUCGACUUCUACGUGCCCCAGAGGCAGCUGUGCCUCUGGGACGAGGACCCCUAGCCCGGCCGGGUGAGCGGUGGUCCCUGGGGCCACGGCUCUGGGCCGGCCGCUCCGCCCCCCGCCGCCGGAGGGGGACCAGCCCGCAGAGGCCUUCCUGCUCUUCCGCCCUUCCUCUAAUCCCUCAGCCCCUGACCCCCUCACUCACGACUGUGAAAACGGGUGUAGCAGGGCAGGGGUUAACUCAUGAAGGCAGCCCCCACCCCCACCCAGUGCCUUCCUUGGGGACAGAGGGAGAAGGGGGCUCUCCAAGUGUGGCCCUCCCUUCAUCUCGCCUGAAGUGUUCUCUUUCAAGCAACCAAAAUGUGAUGGCCUGUGACUCUCCUGCUUAACUCUUUGAAGGCUUAGACCCUGGAAGGCGUCUAUGCUGAUUACACCCACCUCCCCACACACCCCCACCCACCACUGCCCUACCAUCUGGAAGGAGCACCUCCCCCAUCUUCCCACUGCCCAGCAUUGAGGGGGUCAUUGCCCUGGAGAGGAGGCUGUCUGUCGGGAAGAUGCCAUAGCCCCUACAGCGGAUCUCAGUGCGUCCCUCUCAAUCCUGGCCUCCAACACCCUCUGGGGGACAGGUGGGUGCCCCUCACCCCACCACCCUGAGACAGACCACAUGUGCCUUUCCUCAGACCUGGACUUUGCCACGGAGCAGGCGUUGGCUUCCCCCCUCCCCUAAAACAGAAAUAUUUUUGUAAGGUUCUGGGGCAGGGAGGGAGCAUGAAGUAUGAGGAAAACUUGAAUUCCAGAUUUUUAAUGCAAAGUAUUUAUCAUUUGUACCAGAAAUAAAAGUUUAAAUUUUUA